CUUCCUCGUGGAUGCCGCCACGGCGCCACUCCCGCUUCCUCCUCCUCCGUUGUCGUGGCAACCCACAGAGCGCGUCUGCUGCUUCACAACGAAGAGGAAGAUGGAGGAGAAAAUUGUCGAGGCUGAUGGUGAAACGGGCGCCGAAGACGCCCUGGUGGGAAACGUCAAUAAGCUGAUGGUGACCCCGCCCGGAUACUCAGGAGCGCCGCGGAAAGGACACCUGGUGUUUGAUGCCUGCUUUGAGAGUGGAAACUUGGGCCGCGUCGACUACAUCAAUGACUUUGAGUUUGACCUCUUCAUCCGACCGGACACCUGCAACCCUCGCUUCAGAGUCUGGUUCAACUUCACCGUGGAGAACGUUCGGGAGACGCAGAGGGUCAUUUUUAACAUUGUCAACUUCUCCAAGACCAAGAGCCUGUACAGAGAUGGCAUGUCUCCCGUGGUCAAGUCUACCAGCAGGCCCAAAUGGCAGAGACUUCCCCCCAAGAACGUGUAUUACUAUCGCUGUCCCGAUCACCGACGCAACUACGUCAUGUCUUUCGCCUUCUGCUUCGACCGGGAGGACGACGUGUUCCAGUUCGCCUACUGCUACCCGUACACCUACUCCCGGCUGCAGCACUACCUGGCCAGCUUGGAGCGCAAGAACCUUCCUUACGUGCAGCGGGAGCAGCUGGGGCUCAGUGUGCAACAAAGGCGGCUGGACCUGCUAACCAUCACCAACUCCGACCGCCUGAGUCCAGACAAGGAGAAGAAGCUGGUUUUCCUUACAGCUCGUGUUCACCCCGGAGAGUCUCCCGCCUCCUUCAUCUGUCAAGGUGUGAUCGACUUCCUGGUGAGCCAGCAUCCAGUUGCUCAGAUCUUGCGGGAUCACGUCAUCUUCAAGAUCGUCCCGAUGCUGAAUCCUGACGGAGUUUAUCUGGGCAACUACAGGUGUUCUCUGAUGGGCUUCGACCUGAAUCGACACUGGCAGGAUCCCUCUCCGUGGGCACACCCGACGCUUCACGCUGUGAAACAGCUCAUCGUGCAGAUGAACCAGGACCCAAGGGUUAGCUUGGAGUUCUACAUUGACGUCCAUGCCCACUCGACCAUGCUGAACGGCUUCAUGUAUGGAAAUGUGUUUGAGGACGAAGAGCGCGUCCAGAGACAGGCCGUCUUCCCCCGACUGCUGUGCCAAAACGCUCCAGACUUCUCCUUUUCCAACACCUCCUUUAACCGGGAUGUGGUGAAGGCCGGGACCGGCAGGCGCUUCCUGGGUGGACUCCUGGAUGACACCUCCUACUGCUACACCCUGGAGGUGUCCUUCUACAGCUUCAUGACCGCCGGCAGCACCGCCCCGGUGCCGUACACCGAGGAAACUUACAUGAAGUUGGGCAGGAACGUGGCUCGGACCUUCCUGGAUUACUACAAACUGAACAACCUCAUCAAGGACAACAGACCACUUCAUAUUCAGAGCUCCGAAGGGGGGUCUCCAACUGCCAACAGCACUGCUGGAAAGGGCAUAAGUGUUGGCAGAGACGCAACGGACAGAAAAAAGGAGGCAAAUCACAACGGCAGACACUAGGAAGUGACACAAAGAGAGCAGCAUAUAAGGCAUUUCCAUCUGUGACUGGAGGAUUCUUCUCAAGUUACCACAUAUAAGCUCCACAUUUCCUUGGCUUUGAUGGCUGUUUUUGUCAAAUCUGUGACUCUGGGAUGACUUGUAUUUGGAGGAAUAAAGUCAGACCAUUUUCCCAUCUGCACCAUUAAAAUGCAGAGGAACACAGACUGGGUUAUUCAUUUAAAUUCCACAUGAUGCCUUUGUUUGGCAGCUUGUUGCUGUAAAUGCAUGCGCAAUGACUUAUUUUAUGACUAUUUUUAUCUUUGUGGUCACUAUAACGUCUCAUUAAACAGUAGAUCAUAUUGAAGUAUGUGUUACUGUUGAAUGUCAAUGUAAUAAAGCCUGUUACUGGGAUUUACAUAGGCAAUAAAAUCAGGAUUAGUCACAUUUUUAAAAUCUGUUUGUUCUUAAAUUUUAUUAUUUUGCAUCUUUGUUGUGUUUCUCCUUGUGUUUUAAUUUAAUCUGUUGUGUCCACAGCAGAAGUUACAGUCAGAAGAGGGUAGUAAUGCUGCCUUUUAACUAGGCUGCAUUUAUUUUGGGGUUUUCUAUGUGUUUUAAUUAAGUACAAACGUUUUCUGUAGCUCUAUUGUUACUAGGGAGACUAUUAACUAAUAUUUUUUUUAAAUUAUCAAUGUUUGUUUUUUUAAAUAUGCUCUUAAAUAAAGUAAAUUAUUUGCUUCACUAUAA